CUCAUGGUGAGAGGAGGACGCAGAGGAUGGGAGUAACCUGGUCCUCCAGAUGCCUCGCUCUCUUCCUAGCUCUACACAUAGUUUCCGUGUUGCAGACGGUCCUGGUCAGCGCUGGUCAAUGUGACUCGGUGUUUAAAGGUUUCUCAGACUGUCUGCUUCAGCUGGGGGAGAACAUGGCCAACUAUCCCCAGGACCUGGACGACAGGGAGAACCUGCACAAGAUCUGCACUUACUGGGAUAACUUCCACUCCUGUGCCACGACGGCGCUGGCCGACUGCCAGGAGGGUGCGACGGACCUCUGGGAGAAGCUGAAAAAGGAGUCCCGCAACCUGGAUUUCCGUGGGAGUUUGUUUGAACUCUGUGGCGGCGGCAACGGAGCCCCCAGAUCCGCCGACGCCAGGGGCCUCGCCUUGGUCCUAACCGCACUGCCCACCAUACUGACUUGGCUGGCGUUUUAA